AUGGUUGAUGUGGGGGUUGGGUUUGGGGGUUGGUGUUGGGUGGGGUGGGUUGGGGGGGGGGGGGGGGGGGGGGGUUGUUUGUGGGGGGGGUGGUUUGAGGGUUGGGUGGGUUGUUGUUGUUUUUGUGUUGGUUGUUGUGUGGGUGGGGGGGGGUUGUGUUGGGGGUUUUGUGGGGUUGGUUGUGGGGGGUUGGGGUGGGGUGGUUGGUGGUGGUGUGUUGGUGUGGGUGUGGGUGGGGGGGUGGUGGGGUUGUGGUGGUGGGGGGGGGGGGGGUUGUGUGUGUGUGUGUUUUGUUGUGGUGGGUGUUGGUGGGGUGGGUUUUGGGUUUUGGGGGGUUUUAGGUGUGGGGUGGGGGUGGUGUGUGUUUUGUGGGUUUGUUGUUUUGUUGGUUGGUUGGGUGGUGUGUGUUGUUGGGGUUUAUUUGGUUUUGGUGUGUUUGGGGGGGUGGAGGUGGGUGGUGGGGGUGUGUGGGGGUGUUGGGGGGGUGGGUUUUGUUUUGGGGGGGGUGGGGGUGUUUGGUUGGGUGGUGUGGGUUGUGGGGGGUGGAGGGGGGGUGUGUUGGUUUUUUGUGGGUGGGGGGGGGUUGUUUUGUUUUUAGUUGGGGUGUUUUGUGGGGAGGGGGAGUUUGGUGUUGGGGGUGUGGUGAGGUGGUGGUUAGUUUGUGUUGGUUUUGGUGUUUUUUUGUGUGGGGUAUGGUAUGUGGGUAGUGGGGGGUGGUUGGGGGGGGAGGGUUUUGGGGGGUUUGGUUUUUUGUGGUUUGUGAGGGGUGGGUUUAUGUGUGGGGGGGGGGGGGGUGGGGGGGGUUGGGUGGUUGGUUUUGGUGUUGGGGGGGGGGGUUUUGGUGGUGUGGGUGAUGGGUGGGGGUGGGUUGGGGGGGGGGGUUUUGGGGUGGGGGGGGGGGGUUGUUGUGGGUUGUUGUUGUGGUGUUGUGGGUGUGGGGUGUGUGUGUGUUGGUGUUGGUGGGGGGGGGGGGGGUUGGGGGGUGUGGUGGGGGGUGGGGGGGGGGGUUGUGGUUGUGGGGAGGGUGUUGGUUGGUUUGUUGGUUUAGGUUGUGGGUGGGGGGUGGGGGGGUUGGGGGGGUGGGGGGGGGGGGGGUGGGGGGUGGUUUUGUUUUUGUUUGUGGGGGGGGGUGGUGGGGGUGUGGGGUGGUUGUUUGGGGGGGGGGGUUUUGGGGGGGUUGUUUGUUUGUGGGGGUUUGGUGUGGUUGGGUGGGGUGGGGGGGUGUGGGGGUGUGGGGGGUGGGUGUGGGGUGGUGGGUUGUGGUUUUUUUGGAUGGGUUUGGGUUGGGUUGGGUUGGGUGUGGGUGUGUGUUUGGUGGGGGGGGUGGGGUGUUGGGUGGUUGGGGGGGGGGGGGGGGUGGGGGGGUUGGUGGGGGGGGUUUGGGGGGGUGGGGGUGUGGGGGGUGGUUGGGUUGGUGUUGGGUUGGGUUUUGGUGUGGGGGUUUUUUGUUGGGUGUUUGUGGUGGUGGUGUUUUUUGGUUGGGUUGGGUGGUGGUUGGGGUGGGUUGUUUUUUGGUGUGGGUGUGGGUGGUUGGGUUGGUGGGUUGGGGGGGGGGUGGGGUGUGUGUGGUGGUUUUUGGUUGUUGUUGUGUGGGGGGUUGUGGUUGGGUUGUGGGGGUUGUUGGGGUGUUGGGGGGUUGGUGGGGGGUGGUGGGGUGGUUUGUGUUGGGUUGUGGGUUGGGGGGGUGGGGGGGGGGGGGGGGGGGGGGGGGGGGGGGGGGUUUUGGGGUUGUGGGGGGGGGGGGGGUGGGUGUGGGGGUUGGGGUUUGUUUGGGUGUUGGGGGGUUGGUGUGUGUUGUUUUUUUGGGUGGUUUUGUUUUUUGGUUGUGGUUUUGGUGGGGUGGGGGUUAUGGGGGGUUUUUGUGGUGGGUGGUUUUGGGGGGGGUGGGGGGGGGGGGGGGGUGUAGUUAUGGGUUGGGGGUGGGUUGUGGUUGGGGGGGGGGGGGGUGUGUGGGGGUGGGUGGUGUGGUUGGGUGUUGGGUGGUGGGGUGGGUUUUGGGUUUGUUGUUGUUGUUGGUUGUUAUGUGGGGGUUGUGUGGGGGUUGGGUGGGUUGGGGGGUGGGGUGGUUGUGGUGGGGUGUUUGUGGGUGGGUGGGUGGUGGGGGGGGGGGUUGGGGUGUGGGGGGGGGGUGGGGGGUGGGUGUUGGGGGGGGGGGGGGGUGGUAGGGUGGUGUUUUGGUGGGUUUUGGUGUGUUGGUUUUGGUGGGAGGUUUGGUGGUGGGUAAUAAUGGUAGUUUUGGGGUUGGGGGGUUGGGGUUGGGGGGGGGGGGGGGGUUGGGGGGGAGGGGGGGAGGGGUGGGUGGGGGGUGUUGAUGGGUUGUUGGUAGGUUUAUGUGUGGGGUUGUGUUUGUUGUUGGUUUGGUUGGUGGUUGGUUUUUGGUUUUUUGUGUGGUUUUGGUGUGGUAGUUGUUAUUUUUGUUUUGUUGGUGGUUUAGUGAGGGUUAGGGGAAAAAUAUGGGGGGGGGAUGUUUUAGAGGGGGGGUUUAAAGGGAGAAUGGGAAAGGGGGAAGAGUUUAUAGGGGGGGGGUGGGAGGGAUAUGGGGGGGGGUGGUAA